AUGCCGAACAUCACAGACAGCUGGGGCGGUACAAUGAUCGAACGCGGUAAUAGCUCGGUCUCUAGGUUCAGCGUUGGUUUCGCCCAGGCCGUCCAGGAGUUUCAAGCGAAGACGCCGAUUAUGCUCAUUGAUGCGCCACCGUGUAACAAUUGCACCCUGACAGUUCAAGCACUCGGAUUCAACGUAAGAAACUGCACCGAGAGAAAGAGAAGAUACAUUAUACCGGAGUGCCACGUUGACGAUCCCUCUGAUUACGACGGAGGCCCACGCGACCCAUUCCGAAACGCAACCUUUUUCGAAGUGGCCAUUACUCGAAUAGCUGCCCACGAAGAGGAGGAUAGGUCCUCGGCGCUGAACGUGACCGUUUUACGGAAAGCCUCCGAAGCCUGUAACGACCAUACCGUGAUCCGCGAGUAUAAAGUGGUUCCGUCGACGGUAGAGUAUAAGCUUUUUAUGAACGGCCAGAAAGUGACCUUCGCCUACAACAACUGGACAGACGACAAGUUAAUUCAGGAGGUAAACUAUAAGAAUGAAAACGUCGGCUCGGAGGGUGACUGCAACACCAUCCAUCCACUCGUUGUCUUUGGCAGCCAGCUCAUGAGGGGCAAAUCCGAAUUCAUCAGAACUUCCGAGAACUACAUGCAGAACCACAACACAGGGCUUACGCCCUAUCUCUACGCGCGCUCCCCAAGCACCAACAUAUCCGCUGGAUGCUGGGGAACGUUUGACGAUCCGUUUGACGACAUCAUCAAUGCCUACCCAAUGGGGUCCGGGUUCUGGAGGCUGGGGAGAGAUGUCAGUUUGAGCCCGUUAGAGCUGGCUAAUGCUUUCUUUGGCGGCGGGGGUAGUGUUGGUGGUGGCGGUGGUGCUCCGCGUUGGAUGAGACAGACUGAUGGGGUGUUGAGUUCCGAGGGAAUCAGCAGCGGAACUCUCACGCCAACAUCACCACAAAGCGACAGCAGCAAAAGCUCUGUGACUGUCAACGGCAGUGACAGUGGUGGCUACCACCAACAACAGCACUUGCAGCACACCCUAGCCAACAUCUUGACCGGAUGCAGCAGCAAUGCGUCAGCUGAUCAGAUUGUGAAGCAUAUCGAAAAGAGAGCGUGGGCUUUUAAUCAGGCUGACUACUGGUUCGACAAGAAGAGGAUACCAAGGGUGCAAUACGGAGUAGAUGACCAGACGGGUCGAUUGAUGUUUUUUAUACAUGGGCCGAGAGAUGGUGAGGACAGGAAAAGGGCGAUGGUAAGACCGCCAGUCAAGGGUGAGAAGUUUUAG